AUGGCCUCUCUGCCCCUCCCUAACUACACCUCCGUAUCCUGCAGUCCCUGGGGCUGCGUGGUCAAUAGCACAACUUGCGCAGAGCGUCUGGUCCGCAGGAGGGUUUAUCCUGGGGGGGUGGUGGCCGUACUGGACAGCGUGGUGCAGGGCACGGGCCCGGCCUGCGAGCGCAAGCGCAACCUCCAGCUGCAGCCAGAGCAGCUAGACUGUGGCGCAGCCCACCUGCAGCACCCACUGACCAUCCUGCAGCCUCUGAGGGCCACCCCCGUGUUCCGUGCCCCAGGCCUCACUGCAGUGGCUGUGGCCAGUGCCAACAACUACACGGCUGUCUUCCUGGGCACGACCACUGGGCGGCUCCUAAAGCUCAGCCUGAACGAGAGCAUGCAAGUGGUCAGCCGGCACAUGGUGACAGUGACCUAUGGGGAGCCCGUACACCCCAUAAUGCAGUUCGACCCCACGGACCCCAGCUACCUCUACCUGAUGACUUCCCAUCAGAUGGCCCGUGUGAAGGUCGCAGCCUGUGAGGCGCAUGCCACCUGUGGGGAUUGCGUGGGCGCGGCUGACGCCUACUGUGGCUGGUGUGCCCUGGAGACACGGUGCACCAUGCAGCAGGACUGCGCCAACUCCAGCCAUCCACGCUUCUGGACCAGUGCCAGUGAGGGCCCCAGCCGCUGCCCCGCCAUGGCUGUGCUGCCGGCUGAGAUUGACGUGCACCAGGAGCACCCAGGCAUGAUCCUACAGGUCUCUGGCAGCCUGCCCAGCCUCAGUGGCCUGGAGAUGGCCUGCGACUACGGCAAUGGCAUCCUCACGGUAGCCCGAGUGCCGGGCCCCGCCGAUGGCCACCAGAUUGCCUACUGCAACCUCCUACCCCGGGACCGCUUCCCAGCCUUCCCACCUCAGCAGGACCAUGUGGCCGUGGAGAUGUCCCUAAGGGUCCGCGGGCAAGCCAUCAUCUCGGCCAACUUCACCAUCUACGACUGCAGCCGUGUUGCCCAUGUGGCCCCCAGUGCUGCCUGCACCAGCUGCCUGUCUGCACGCUGGCCCUGCUUCUGGUGCACGGAGCAGCACACCUGCGUCUCCAACCAGUCCCAGUGCCAAGCCUCACCCAACCCCAGGAGCCCCCAUGACUGUCCCCAGACUCUUCCCUCUCCUCUGGCACCUGCGCCCACUGGUGGAGCCCAGGACAUCCUCGUGCAGCUGGCCAACGCUGUCUCCUUCCACGGAGCAGCGCUGCAGUGCAGCUUUGGGCUGGAGGACAACUUUGAGGCUGUAUGGGUGAAUGAGUCUGCCAUCCGCUGCAGCCGUGUGGUGCUGCACACAGCCCAAAAGAGCCAGAAGUUUCUGCUCAGCCUCCAGCUACAGGGGCAGCCACCCCGGUUCCUGGACAGCCCUGACCCCGUGACAGUCGUGGUCUACAACUGCGCCAUGGGCAGCCCUGACUGCUCCCAGUGCCUGGGCCGUGAGGACCUGGGCCAUCUAUGUAUGUGGAGCGAUGGCUGCCGCUCACGGGGACCCCUUCCAUCCCCGCCUGGCACCUGCCCAGCCCCCGAGAUCCGAACGAUUGAGCCCCUGAGUGGCCCCCUGGACGGUGGGACCCUGCUGACCAUCCGUGGCCGAGACCUGGGCCGGCGGCUCAGUGAUGUGGCCCACAGCGUGUGGAUUGGCAGCGUGGCCUGCGAGCUGCUGGCCAACAGAUACACUGUGUCCGAGGAGAUUGUGUGUGUCACGGGGCCAGCCCCAGCAGCAUUCUCAGAAGUGGUGACCGUGAACGUGUCCAAGGAGGGGACGUCCCGGGAGCGUUUCUCUUAUGUGCUGCCCCAGGUUCAUUCCCUGGAGCCGGCCGUGGGCCCCACGGCGGGUGGCACCCGGAUCACCAUCCAUGGGAGCAACCUCCAUGUGGGAUCCGAGCUGCAGGUCCUGGUGAACGAUACUGACCCCUGCAACGAGCUUGUGCGCUCGUCCACCAGCAUCGCUUGCACCAUGCCUGCCGGUGCCCUGCCCACACCAGUGCCUGUGUGUGUGCGCUUUGAGCGCCGGGGCUGCGCCCACGGGAACCUCAGCUUCUCCUACAUGAGGAACCCGGUCAUCAUGGCCAUCAGCCCGCGCCGCAGCCCCAUCAGCGGCGGCAGGACCAUCUCGGUGGCCGGUGAGCGCUUCCACAUGGUUCAGAACGUGUCCAUGGCUGUGCACCGCAUCGGCCGGGAGCCCACGCUGUGUAAGGUCCUCAAUGCCACACUCAUCACCUGCCCGUCACCUGGGGCCCUGUACAACGCCUCAGCACCCGUGGCCUUCUUCAUCAAUGGCCGGGUCUAUGCAGACGAGGCUCCCUAUGAGGCUCCGCCUGACCCUGAGGAGAUGCCACGCGGGAGCCGCUUCUACCUGGACUACCUGCCCAACCCACAGUUCUCAACAGCACGGCGUGAGCGUUGGAUCCGCCACCACCCUGGGGAGCCACUCACCCUUGUCAUCCACAAGGAGCAGGACAGCCUGGGGCUGGAGAGCCAUGAAUACCAGGUCAAGAUCGGCCAGGUGGCCUGUGACAUCCAGAUCGUGUCCGACAGAGUCAUCCACUGCUCAGUCAAUGACUCUCUGGACGCUGCGGAGGGACAGCUGCCCAUCACGGUCCAGGUGGGGAACUUCAACCAGACCAUCGCCACGCUGCAACUAGGGGGAAGCGAGACGGCCAUCGUGACCUCUAUCGUCAUCUGCAGUGUCCUGCUGCUGCUGUCUGUGGUCGCCCUGUUCGUCUUCUGCACCAAGAGCCGCCGCGCCGAGCGCUACUGGCAGAAGACACUGCUGCAGAUGGAGGAGAUGGAGUCUCAGAUUCGGGAGGAGAUCCGCAAAGGCUUUGCUGAGCUGCAGACAGACAUGACGGACCUGACCAAGGAGCUGAACCGCAGCCAGGGCAUCCCCUUCCUGGAAUACAAGCACUUUGUGACCCGCACUUUCUUCCCCAAGUGCUCAUCCCUAUAUGAAGAGCGCUACAUGCUCCCGUCGCAGUCCCUGGGCUCACAAGGGAGUCCACCAGUGCCAGAGACCCACCCACUGCUGGGAGAGUGGAAUGUGCCUGAGAACUGCCGGCCCAGCAUGGAGGAGGGCAUCAGCCUGUUCUCCUCGCUGCUUAGCAACAAGCACUUCCUCAUCGUCUUUGUGCACGCACUAGAGCAGCAGAAGGACUUUGCAGUUCGCGACCGGUGCAGCCUGGCAUCGCUACUGACCAUCGCCCUGCAUGGCAAGCUCGAGUACUACACCAGCAUCAUGAAGGAGCUGCUAGUGGACCUCAUCGACGCCUCUGCUGCCAAGAACCCCAAGCUCAUGCUGCGGCGCACUGAGUCGGUGGUAGAAAAGAUGCUGACCAACUGGAUGUCCAUCUGCAUGUACAGCUGCCUGCGGGAGACCGUCGGGGAGCCGUUCUUCCUGCUGCUGUGCGCCAUCAAGCAGCAGAUCAACAAGGGCUCCAUCGAUGCCAUCACCGGAAAGGCGCGCUACACACUCAAUGAGGAGUGGCUGCUGCGUGAGAACAUCGAGGCCAAGCCCAGGAACCUGAACGUGUCCUUCCAGGGCUGCGGCAUGGACUCCCUGAGCGUGCGCGCCAUGGACACAGACACACUGACGCAGGUGAAGGAGAAGAUCUUGGAGGCCUUCUGCAAGAACGUGCCCUACUCUCAGUGGCCGCGAGCCGAGGACGUGGAUCUGGAGUGGUUCGCUACUAGCACACAGAGCUACAUCCUGCGGGACCUGGAUGACACCUCUGUGGUGGAGGACGGGCGCAAGAAGCUGAACACCCUGGCCCACUACCAGAUCCCGGAAGGCGCUUCUUUGGCCAUGAGCCUAACAGACAAGAAGGACAACACUCUGGGCCGAGUGAAAGACUUGGACACAGAGAAGUAUUUCCAUUUGGUGCUGCCCACCGAUGAGCUGGCAGAGCCCAAGAAAUCGCACCGGCAGAGCCACCGCAAGAAGGUGCUGCCCGAGAUCUACCUGACCCGUCUGCUGUCCACCAAGGGCACGCUGCAGAAGUUCCUGGAUGACUUGUUCAAGGCCAUUCUGAGCAUCCCUGAGGACAAGCCCCCUCUGGCCGUCAAGUACUUCUUCGAUUUUCUGGAGGAGCAGGCAGAGAAGAGGGGCAUUUCAGACCCUGACACGCUGCACAUCUGGAAGACCAACAGCCUGCCCCUCCGCUUCUGGGUGAAUAUCCUGAAGAACCCCCAGUUUGUGUUCGACAUUGAAAAGACCGACCACAUUGAUGCCUGCUUGACAGUCAUCGCACAGGCCUUCAUCGACGCCUGCUCCAUCUCUGACCUGCAGUUGGGCAAGGACUCACCCACCAACAAGCUGCUGUAUGCCAAGGAGAUCCCCGAGUACCGCAAGGUCGUGCAGGGCUACUACAAGCAGAUCCAGGACAUGGCGCCACUCAGUGAGCAGGAGAUGAACGCCCAUCUGGCUGAGGAGUCUCGGAAGUACCAGAAUGAAUUCAACACCAACGUGGCGCUGGCAGAGAUCUACAAAUACGCCAAGCGGUACCGCCUGCAGAUCGUGACAGCACUGGAGGCCAACCCCACGGCCCGGAGGACGCAGCUGCAGCACAAGUUCGAGCAGGUGGUGGCCCUGAUGGAAGACAACAUCUACGAGUGCUACAGUGAGGCCUGAGCACAGCACCAUCCACUCACUGUGUGGCAGAACAGACACAAUCCUGGAGCCUCGGAUUGCACAAACUUGGGAGUGGAGGGGCCCUGUCCCCUCUUCCUGCCCCCUCAAAUGCCACAGCCAGACCUUUGGGAGCUCCCCAUGCACCCUGCUGCCCAGCAGCUGCUAAGAUGCUGGCUACACGUGCCAGCAUGGUUGGGGACACGGACGGGGCCCCGGCUGCGCCUUGGAAGCACUACCUCAGCCAUGUGCGAAGGGCCCUCCUGGGUUCUGCUCAGUCACCAAAUGCUGUCUCCUCCCUGCCACCUGGACAGGACUCACUGUAGACACAGAGCAGGGCCAGACUUCGGCUCUGGGCCCAGUAUGGGCAGCGCCCAUGCAUACCUGCAGGGAUCCUGGGACAGGCAGGGAUCCUGGUACCCUGGGAGGGAGUGAGACUGGGAUGUACUGAGGCUGUAGCUGGGCUACUCGGUCCUUCUGGAAGUGUUCCUAAGGAUAGCACCACUUUGUCUUUUUUUUUUCUUAAGCUUUUAUAUAUUAAAAAAUUAUCAUGUUCUGACUGUGAAUGGCUGCCACCUGUGCAGAGGCUGUGGGGGCGGGGCAAGGGCCACCAUGCAACACUGGAAGGGACUGUCCCCAGGAUGGGUCUGACCAGGCCCCUCCAUGCAUGGAGAAGUCACCUAGCUUUGUCUCCCAUGGCUGGGCCGGCUGCAGGGGCUUGGAGUCACUAGAACCGUCUUUAUAAUAAA